UCUUACUCUACACUAGUUUGUGCAAGUUCAAGAGAAGCCAUCAUGGCCGGAUUUUCCGGCAUUGCAACCGAAAAACUUACUGAAGAAAACUAUGAGAAUUGGAAGGAAUGUUUGAAGAGCUAUUUUAUAGCUAAUGAUCUUUGGGAUGUUGUAAAUGGAGAGUAUAAAAAACCAAAGGAAUCUGAAGCCAACUAUAAGGAUUGGGUUAGAAAAAAUGCAAUGGCGUUACAUGCAAUCCAAAUUUCAUGUAAAGGAGAUACGAUGUCAAAGCUCAGGGGAAAUGAAUCCGCCGAGUAUGAGUGGAAUCUUUUGGCUAAAAAAGAUAGAAUAAAACCACCAAAUGGAAAAUUUGAGAUCCAAGAAGAAGAAAAAUUAAGUCUCUCAGAGUAUCGUGACUUAUCCAAGGCUGUGGAAAGAGGUGAUUGGCAAGCUACAAGAACUUUCCUUGAGAAAAAAACUAAUGCUUUAAGGGAAAAGAUUACACUGAACGGUGACACUGUUUUUCAUGUUGCGGUUAUGGCUGAACAAACUGAGAUUCUGAAGAAUUUGUUGGAAAAUGCGAGAAAAGAAGACUUGGAAGACACAAAUGAGAUGGGAUACACAGCUUUCUCCAUUGCUGCCAUCAAUGGAUUCAAAGAUAUGGUAGAGAUUAUGCUAGAAAAGGAUAGUAAUUUGGUUAACCUUAAGGAUGGUCAUCACCUAAUUCCAAUUGUUGCGGCGUCGUUUUAUAGCUCCAAAGAGAUGGUACGUUAUCUUUACACGAGGACUCCACAUAUAACGCUGAGUCCAGAACAUCCCGAUAGGAGUGGCGCCACUCUUCUCAAUUGUCUCAUCACUGAUGAGCUUUAUGAUGUGGCUUUACAUCUAUUGGAAAAAUACCCACUACUGGCUUUUGUGGAAGAUCUUCAUAGAAACUAUGCGAUUAGAUUAUUGACUCAUAAACGUUCUGCUUUUCCGAGUGGAAACAGAUAUGUUUUUUGGAAACAAUGGAUUUACUCAUGUAUAAGGGUAACUGUCCCUCAGUAUGACGAUGGAUAUUCACAAUCAAGCGAUGAGGAAAGCAAUGUAAGGAUUCAAUUGGAAUUGAAUAUUCAACAAGGUAAAAUCCAUUCAAUCAUUAUAAACUUUCAUAUAUAGUUACACAUUUAUUUC